AUGCAAUCGAUUUAUAAUAGCCGUGGCUAUUUGAGACCCCUAAGGUCGUCCAAGGGUUUACAAUCCUCGUACACUUCAAAUAUUAGAAGAAACAGAAACUUUUCUGUUAAAAAUAAUUUAUUGAAGGAAAAUAAUGAUACUUCUAUUUCUGAAGAUGAAGCCCAUCACUUCAAAGAAUUGGCACCAAGUUGGUGGGAUACAAACAAUUCACAAAGGAUUUUGCAUUUACUGAAUUUGGCAAGAAUGGAUUUUAUUCAGCGCACGAUUAAUAAGACGAUCAAUGUAACUAAUCCAGACACAUAUGUGCCUGGGUUUAACUAUGCAGAGUUUGUACCUGAAUAUAUAUCCAAAAAUAUACAAGAUGAGUUAAGCAUUGAGGUAAACAAAAAAUUGGAAAUCUCUAAGAAGACCGUCUUAGAUAUCGGAUGUGGUGGUGGAAUUCUCACUGAAUCUAUGGCCAGGUUACCUUAUGUAGAUAGGGUAGAGGGUAUUGAUCUAACUUCUGAUGUCAUUAAAAUUGCAAAAGAUCAUUUGAAGUACGACCCUGCUAUCCAAAAGAAAAUUUUAUACAGCGUCAAACCUUUAGAUAAAGUGGAAGGCAAGUUCGAUAUUGUCACUUGUUUCGAAAUGUUGGAACAUGUAGAAGUUCCAAGUGAAAUUCUACGUCAUGCAUGGAAUAAGGUUGACACAAAUGGUCUUCUUUUUAUUAGUACUAUAAAUAGGGAUUUAAUUUCAUGGUUUACAACUAUCUUCAUGGGAGAAUACGUGUUGAAAAUUGUUCCAAAGGGAACCCAUCAUUUAAGCAAAUAUAUUAAUUCAGCUGAAAUCCUAGAAUGGUUUAAACACAAUGAAGCAGGAAGAUUUGAAUUAUUAGAUGUAAAAGGUACUAUGUAUGUUCCAACUAAAGGCUGGCUGGAGCACGAUUAUUCCAAUAUCGGAAACUAUUUUAUUGCGCUACGCAAAAUACAGUAA